UUUCCAUGUCACAGACGUUACCCCACUGUCGAAACGCGAGCAAAGACCUUCAAUGGAUCAACACACGUGACUGUGCCAGACGACAGUGCUUUUCUUAAAGCCUUGCUUUUUGAACUUAGACUCACGGAUCAGAAUUUUGUGGAAUAUCGAGAUACCUGUACUCGCAUCAAUAAGUCGUCGGUAUAUGCGGUGCGCACUGAUGGAGGGGACCUCUGGCCUGUGCUUGCUUUUCAGAAGAGUGGUCUGAUCUAUGUGUGUCUUCCACUGGUGGAGCAGGCCUUGAAGCCGCGGCCCCCCCUCCUUAGCAUUAGUGGGAUCUCGCAAGGACUUGAUCUUUUGUCAGGCAUUCUGGACUUUGUCUCUCCUAGUCGGAAAAAUGAAGCUGAGUUGAAUGCAAAAGUAGGCCAGCUUCGAAAUUUGCUUCUACAGGCCUGUCCUCUUGGCACCCCCUUACAAACAAAUUUACGCAGCUUAAACAGCUCAUUUGAUGACAUUCAGGAUAUUUCUACAAAUCGUGAUCCGAGGCAACCAGCUUGGAGAACCAACACAUAUAAAGGCAAACCGCACGUUAGUGUUUGCAUCACAGAAAAAGUCAAGUGUAUGCAGUAUGACAAAAGAGAUGUCGUGGACAUGUGGCAAGUUUAUGGAACUGUAGCUUGCAAGUGUGAUAUAGAGGGAGCUGCACCAAAUGUAACCCUCAGUUUGAAUCUCCCUACUAAUGGCUCUCCGCUCCAAGACAUCCUGGCCCAUCCUUGUGUGACUUCCCUUGACUCUGCCAUGCUCAUGUCCAGCAGUGUGGAUGCGCUGGAUGAUUCUGCGUUUAGUGGACCUUACAAAUUCCCUUUCAUUCCUCCGUCGGAUUCAUUCAACUUGUGUUCCUACACUUCCCAGGUGCCUGUUCCACCAAUUUUGGGACGUUAUCAGCUGAAUGAAGAGGGAUCACAGUUAAAAUUAUCAAUUAAUUUAAAGCUUCAUGAAAGUAUAAAGAAUGCUUUUGAGUACUGUGAAGCUCGUAUACCUUUUUUUAACAGGGGCCCAAUCACUCACUUAGAAUACAAAGUUAGUUAUGGCCAACUGGAUCUAUCACGAGAGAAGAGCUUAGUGGUUUGGGUCAUAGGACCAAGGUUCCCUAAGUCUUUGGAAAUUUCUCUUACUGGAACUGUGACUUUUGGCGCUAUAGGUGAAGAGCACCCAACUGAUCUCAUUUGCACUGGGAACACUGCUUAUGUAAAACUGUAUUUUAGGAUCCCAGACUUCACGCUUACCGGAUGUUACGUAGACCAGCAUUCUGUUCAGCUCUUUUCACCAGGAAAACCAAAAAUUAAUGCAUCCCGGGAACUGAUUUCUUCUGAUUACUACAUCUGGAAUUCCAAAGCAUCGGCACCUAUCGUGUACAAAACCUUAUUUACUAAUGAAUGAUUUUUGUAUUUAAGCAAAAAAGACAGCUAAUGAAAGUAAUGUCAGUGAUACAGUAAAAAUAAAUUUGCUGCAGCA